GUUGUUGUUUUUUAAAUAAAACAGGAACGAACCCCAGAUCAAAGCAAUAACAUUGUUCUCCGCUAAGAAUAAUAACACGAUAAUAAUUCUUCCUCAUUUUUUCAUAAACUUACUAAGUUUGAGGUUGUGUACUUUUUAUAUAUAUAUAUUUUUUAGGUUGUGUACUUGAUCCAGUAGGAGUAUCGGAUAGAAGCGUUUUUUCGGAUCAGAGGUUUUCAGCUUCGUCAUCUAUUAGGGGCCGCAGUGCAUCUGAUGGCCGACUUAAAGGAACCAUUGCCUGGAUUCCUCUCACAAACGAUGACAACAAUGAUUUCCUGCAGAUCGACCUGGGAUCUCUUUACUUUGUUUGUGGAGUAGCAACACAAGGACAUCCCAAUAAUUAUUAUUGGACAAAAACAUACAAGAUAAAGACGUCCCUGGAUAAUGUCGGGUGGACAUUCUACUCUGAGGGUGGUUCCGAAAAGGUACAUCCUUUUUCGCUAUAGGUGAAGUAAUAGCGAAAUUAUAAUCGUGGAGACACUAAGUAAUAACGAAUUGUGUUUACCUCUUAGCCUUGAGAAACCAGGAUUUCACAUGCCGAAGUUGCUUUCGUCCCCUUUCUCUCCCUUCCAUUCGCUUUCCUUUCUUUUCUCCCAUCUUCACCGUCUCUAAUUGCUCCCUUCUUUUCUUCCUGCCUCCUGCCUUUCUUUAUUUUUCCCCUCAUUGCUACAGCCUUUCGUCCUUGGUCUCUCACUGUUUACAUAGGAAACUUUAGGGAAAUAAGUAGUAAAAUGCAAAAGAAACUGACAUAGACGUGGUUUUCUUUUUAAUAUCCUUUGCCUAUUGUUCUGCCGGCGGGAGUCAUCGUCAACGUAGUUGCAAUCCUCAUAAAUAUCGUUUGUUUAUAUGUUUUUUUUUCUGCUAUUAACCGUGAGCGGGUAGGGUGAGACGCAAGAUACGUAAAAAAGGCACCAGACGAAUUUUCGGCCGGUUGAAAAAUUUGACCUUGCUUUAUUUUUCCCCUCAUUGCUACAGCCUUCCGCCCUUGGUCUCUCACUGUUUACAUAAGAAACGUUAGGGAAAUAAGUAGUAAAAUGCAAAAGAAACUGACGUAGACGUUAAUAUUUUCGCUUUCUUGACACGGAACUAACGAACCAGUUUGAGAAUUUUAUUUUUUUUUUCGGUUGUUUUUCCAUCUACCCAUGCGCAGAACACUACCUCAACUGAAAUCCAGUAUGGUGUCUCCCAGUCGAGUUACCACGCAUCCAUGCGACCACGCCCUUGCUAGACACAAAUUUACAUGGUUAUGGUGUUCACACCUCUUGAUUUUUCUCAUUUCAAAUGUUUGAACGGUUAGGCGUUCAAAUUUUCGUACGGUUAGCGUGUUUCCGUGCGAAUGAAACACCUAAACGCACGAAUUUGUCUUUCAUCGGUAUUUCAUAGAAAUUUUUGUUAAUUUGCUUUUAGGUAUUUACUGGAAAUGAUGACAAGAAGAGCAUUGUAAGAAGUGAACUAUAUGAGCCACUUGCUGCCAAGUUUAUUCGUUUUUAUCCAGUUACAUUUCACAACAGCAAAGCAUUAAGGGUGGAGGUGUAUGGAUCUAAGCAAGGUUGGUCUCUUAGUACAUGCCCAAUAUUCAAAAGACAACCACUGCAUUAAAAAAAUGCACUUUUUCUGAGUGUCAAUGUAUUUAGCACCAAAGUACUAAUAAGGGACUAUUUUUUACGGGACUGCCAUUUUACGUGGUCAUCCGAGCCACGCGAAGGUCUACCUGUUUGCAGGGCAAAGGGAGUACCUUCAUUUCUCAGUUAUUUUAAGACCUUGUGUAUUGAUCCGGCCCCGGGAAUCGAACCCGCGACUUCCCGCUCUGCUGUUAAACGCUCUACCGACUGAGCUAACCCUACCGCUAAAUUCUGGUUUGUACAUACGAUGCAAGGAAACUGACUCAUCGAUCAGUGACCACUUAGUUCAGUGCUCAGUUUUAGUAGGGACCGGAGGUUAAGCAUGCAACCACAAGGGCGACGGCAUCAAAAACCUCACUUAAAAAAGCAUCGGCGCUCUUUCAAACUUCAUCGCUUUUGUUUCAUAACGCUAAAUUUGUCAAAUGUCAGAGAAUUUUUCGCGAGUUGAGUUCUAAAGGUCUGUAUCUCAGUUAAGAAAAAAAAAGGAAAAGGAAAAUCGUUGUCUUGUGUCCACAUUCUCAAUGAAACGUGAAUUUAAGGAGUUUCACGUCGUUGUCGUGCAGUGACGGCAAAGAGACAAAAAUACCUGAUGCACAUGCAAAGUUGUUGUAAGUUUUUCUUAUCUAAAGCCCCGUUCACGCGUAGCCGUUUUUGUUUGAAAACGGAUAUUUGUUUUCUCCGGUUGAGCCUACCUUCCACACUCACUAAUGGACUGAAAUUGAUCACCGGAAACGCACCUUUUCAAAAACGCUCUCCCGAAUCUCGAUUUUUGAAAACGUACUCGGCUUUUCUUUUACGUGAGGACGGACGAAAACGGUAUCGAAUUCGGAAUACGAUGAUGUCAGACAUCAUAUACUUCCAGCAUAACGCAUGCGCAGUAAUGAAGCUAUGGUGUUUCUAACGUUUUAGCGUUUUCGUGUGGACGGGCCACUACGAUUCUGAUAUGCUACGUGUGGUUGCGUAUUUGUUUGAAAACGGAGGAAAAAAUCUCCGUAAUAAAAAAUAUCCGGAUAUUACUGCCUGACCAAUCUUUGUACAUCUAUGCUUAUUUUCUUGUUUCCUCUCUGUUUAGUUUUUCUCCUUUACUUUAGAAAAAGAGUGCCUUUAAUAAUUAGAUUCACUAUAAUUUGUCCCUCCUCGUUUGUUCCCUUCUUUGUCAUUGUAACUAAUAUGGAGCGGAUGGAAGUUUAAAAAAGAGUUCAAAAACUCAUUAUAAUUCAUAAAGAAAAGACAAAAGACAUUUUAAAAGUUUAAUGAGUGACUUUACAGGGACACCCAAUGACUGUUUUCUGUGAAAUCUGUUUGGAGAAGCAAAAAUUGCCCAGAAUUUUUAGAUGACUGUUCCAUUCACGCACAAUUUUCGAAGCUUAUGUAAUAAAUUCCCUACGAUUUUCUGUAUUUCACUCCCCAGGUUAAGCCUUGUUUUAGAAGAGAAAGGAAAGUUAAACCUGAAAUUUUUGGAACCAAAAAUGCCAUGCAGAGAAAAAAUCUCACUUUGGCAAAACUCUUAAUUAAAGUGCAGCUAAAAUUUUCGGGAAAAUAAUGCUGAAGCCCUGAUAAAAAUUUUAGCUCUACUUAAAAUACAUUUCUAGAGAUCUAAAAAGACUCUGGAUAUCCAAAAAAGUGUUGUCAAUGCAUUUAGGAGGAAACCGUCGCUGGGUGCCCCUGUCUUUAUAUCUGAUAAAGACACGGCUAAACUUGACGUCUAAUUCUGUAGACCAAAAUCGACCCGAAAUCUAUAAAUAUCAGUGUAAGAAUGAGUUGAUUUAUAUCAGAGAUUUUGAAGUCGUUCAAAACCUCGCAGUCUGUAUUAUGAGGUUAAAACCAGAUAAUCGAAACGGCUCCUUUUUGAAUAGUACAUAAAAAUUCUUACUAAACAUGUCAUAUUUCUUGAUGAUUUUACAGGUUGCUUUGAAUCGUUUAAGAAUGAACUUCAAACGACCAGAGAAUUCACUAUUACAGCAUCCUCAGAAGUUAGUAGUUAUCGAGCUGAUUAUAGUCGCCUUUAUGGUACUCACGGUUGGUGUAGCUCUUCAGUAUCUCUACCUCAGUACCUGCAGGCUGAUUUCAAUCAAAUUGUAACAGUCACAGGCGUGGCCACUCAGGGAGAUGCUCAAAGGAACAACCGGGUAACAACCUAUUUAAUCCGCUAUGGAUAUGAUGGUAAAACAUGGAUUAGUUACGGAGCUGGACAGGUAAAUUUGCAACAUGUAUUCAUAUAUCUGUCUGAAUUUGCUUAAAGGGACCUCCAGGAGUUUUUCCCCGACAUUCUCAUUUCGGGCUCGUUUACUUUUCUUCUUUUCUUUAUUAUAACAUUUUGAGUACACGAAUCCUCUAACAAGCUGCUGUAGACAUAAAAUCAGGCUCAUCGUCGGUGUAAAAACCUUUGAAACUCACGAGUGACGUUAAACAAUGAAUACAAAGAAGCCACUGAGGAGCCAACACGAUCGAGCCAAGGAAAAUAAUAGCUAGAAAACAAAGAAAAACUUCACAGGAUUUUACACCGAGUCAUGUGUUUAUGAUGCUGUCUACAUCUUUCUUCCCCCUCCCCCCCCCUCCUCCCCCGGCCCUACCACGACCACCACUACCUACGAUCAUUUCCAACAAUUCUCAUGUUCAUGUGACAAAACAAUCCUACUUGAAAUCAGCGUACGCGAUAGAAGUUGUUUUCUCUGGUCGGUAGUUUUCUAGAUUUCUUUUUGGCCGCCAGGGGCCAAUUACCGUCGUCCAGUCUGUUACCGUAUUUCGUCUCAUUUUGGCUUCAUAGGUGAAAAACUGACCUCGGGCUCGAGACACAAUAUUAUCAUAUUGCGAGCUUUGUUGUAAGCGGUGACGAGUCUCUCGCCUCAAAACUUAGGUUGUAGGAGUCGAACAAUGCACCAAUGUUUAGUCCUACAUUGUCCGAUUACAACCUGUACUUUGACGCUCCUUAAUGAACCUAUUUGUACAGUAACUGUGCAUGUGUGUGACUAUCUAACGCACUAAAUAUUCGAAGCAAAUACAGAUUCAUUCAUAUCUAUAACUCUUUUACACUUUCGAGUAGACUUCAAGCGAGUAAAAACAAAAUCACACAACCUUUUAACUAAUGAACGUUUAAACCUUUUGUCGGACAUAAUGAGUAGACAGAUCAAACAGAGAAGAUUAUUACUUUAAAGCUGAAGAUUUACUUAGUGCUUAAUGUAUCCCUGACAACUUUUCUUGUUUGUCCGUUAAUUAUCGGAACUUCAGUCAAGGAACGGGCCCCUGAACGGACAUUUGCAACCCCAGUUAGGGUGACUGGUCCCGAGUCAAGAGAAGCGUGUUCGAAGGGAGCGCGAGGGGUGAUGGGAAGGAAAAGCAGAAAAAUUCCUCCUUCCCAUCACCUCUAGCCCUCCCCUUCAGUGGGUUUGGGAAUAUACCACACAGAUUUUGGUCUCCUGUAAAAAAAAUUAUUUGUAUACGUCCACUUACUUUGUUCUUGACCACUCAGCAUUUGACCGGAAACAGCGACAAAAGUACCAUUGUUGUCCACUGGUUUGCUCCCGCGUUUGCAGCACAAUAUGUCAGAAUAUUUCCCAAAACAUAUGCUGGUGCAAUAUGUAUGAGAAUGGACUUGUUUGGCUGUAAGGAUUGUAAGUAUAAUUUGUCAGAAGGGGAUUUGUAAAAAAUUAAAUUAAUGGGAUACAUGUGCUGCCGUAUACAGCCAAUAAUUAAUAGUAAUAAUAAUUAAAAAUUUAUAACGCGCCUUUCCAUGCAAAUGUGAUAAAAAACGCGAUACAAUGCCCUGAAAGUUAAAAAAGAAAAUAAAAGCUCAAAUUUACAUAGCAAUUUGAGGUAAAAAGUAAAUUAAGCCUAAAAGUUGUCUCGUCACACAACGCUCCUCCCCAUCUUGCCUCCUCGGUUAACCAAUGAGAACAAGGAAUGUGCCUCAUCUUGCCUGCUAGCCACAUAAUAAGUACUUUAGUGCUAUUUGGUAUGAUGCAGCACUUUCUAGCCUGCGCAAAGGAAAUGGGAUUGAGACAUUUACUGGCUGCUACAUCUACAUCUAAAUCUACGUCUACAUCUACAUCUACUGCUGUCGUCGAAAACGGCGGAAUCUGCAUUUAAGAGUGACGUUUGUAUUGUAAUGCAAACCUUUUCUCCAGUAGACAGUGUUUGUGUAGGUUGUCCUACAACUUCGAGUUCAAUUUUCAAUUUAUUUGCACGAGUGUGUUUUUCAAGAAAAGUAUCAAACGGCCAAAAAUUCACCGGAUCAAAAUUCGUCCACAAAACAUCCCCACAAUGCAAUUCGAUCGACACACACCUCAAUCCAGCCUCACGCGCAACCUCAAAGUGGCCAAUAAAGAUUUGCGGCACCUGAUUGGUUAUUAAACAAUUCUAUCGUUUUUUUGCCAAUCACAGUAGUUCAUUCUCUGAGAAUUGAAUUAUAUUUCCUCGUUUUUGCACUCUGUUUACUUAUAGGCUGUUCACAGUUACCUAUUUUUCCUUAAGUUCAUCGAGAUCGACCGCUUUACAUUACGGGCGGCCACCAUAUAUCUUGGAUUUUUAUCAAAUCUACUUUCUCGCCUCCGUCCCCCCGCAUAAACCCGACACAUUCUAAACCCCGGCUCGAUCUUGAAACUGCAUAACUGUUCUCAGCCAAUCAUAUUCAAUAAACCUAAUGGAGUGUAAAAUUAAGAUAUUGUAUUUGAUAAGUUUGCCUAAGUUAUUUCUUGUCGUCUUUACAUUAAAUGUUUGCUUGUCUUUUUUAGACCACGUUUCGUUGCCGUUAAACGUUAAUCUUGAUGAUGUUGGUUUGAUAGCCGACCCUAGUGAAUCUGUGACCCUGACCUGUAUGGCUAGUUACAGCCCUCGACAACCCUCUGGGUAUAGUUGGAGCAAAGAUGGAGCGGGGCUGUCUGACACAACCUCCUCUCUUACCAUACCAUACAACAAUGCCAGUAAUAUCUACAAUAACUCUUGUACAAGAAAGCUCCCUUCAGCCAGUGGAGUCCAGUGUAUUUCAACCUACCAAUGCUCUGCAUCUCUUUCUGGAAUACAAGGCAGUUAUCUGACCACUGCAAAUGUUAUAGUAUCCUUAAGUAAGCAACAAUUCGCGCGUACCUUGGUACGCCUUUUUGCUCGUUAUUGUGAAUGUGAAAAUUAAUUUAAUAUCCUUAAUUUAAUGUCCUUUAUAAGGACACGAAAAUAUUGCAUUCCAACAACACAUGACUGUAAACGGUAUUAGAUGAACAAGGAAGUACUUUCUAAAAAAUACCUCAACCUUUAACGUAUUCUAAGUGGGUAACGUAUUUUUAACGCGUUUGUUUAUUCGUUGAUUUUGUCACUUGUUCAAAGGUUUAAGUGCUGGGUAUUAGAUAAACUUAUAAAUAAGGCUCAUUUUGAGGCACAUUUUUGUUGUUUUCAGAGAAACCAGGCCAGCCAGUUGUUCAAGUUAAUCCAAGUGACGUUAAAGCAAAAUCAGCAAUAGUCACAUGGCCGUAUAAUCCUGGAGCCGAUGAAAUGCCUGUAACUGCCUACAAUCUUGAGUAUCGAAAUAGUACCUCCACACUUGAUAUACAUUUGGGACUUGUAUUAAGUACACGGAUUAUCAACCUCAAGCCAUACACAGCCUACAGUGUUAGGGUGUUAGCCAACAGUGUCUUAGGAAAGAGUCUGUGGAGUAAUUUCACGAAUUUCACAACAAAAACUGCCAGUAAGUGAUGAUGCAAAUUAGAUGCAGUGCUAAGAAUAAUAAUUUAUAUAAUACGUUCUUGUUCCAAAACACUGACCACUGCAUCGUUUUAGCUACUCCACUCAAUCGGGUAAUGAAAUAUUAACUGCUGCUGUUAUCAUCUAACAUAUAUUUUCAUUAAAAUCUGAAAACCUGUGACACAGACAGGGGUGUAUGCAAACUAAAUCGGCGUUUUUCCUUGGAGUAAUGAGGCGUCCGGUUAUAGGAUAGACUGAACUAUUCAGAUUGAGUAUCAAUCGAUCUAAACUUAACUUGUACUUUUCCUUUUUAGGGCCUGAAGUCGAUGUCCAGAUCGUGAGUGUGACAAGCCAUAAUUCACAAACAAUUCUUGUGAAAUGGCAGGUAAACAUCAGAUUUAUUUUAACAAAAACUCCUUUGAGUCCAUAAGUACUUCGUUUCUCAGGAGGGUUGCCUAUUAUUUCCAUGCUUCCCCAAAGACUAUUACCCAGUCGCUAUUGAGGUUCGCUGAUCUUUCCCUCGCCCCUUCCCACAACUCUUCCCUCUCCCCCUCCGCCUCAAUCCUCUGUUACCCCGAAACGCAUAACUCAUAAAUGGUGACUGUGUAGGAGUCUGGUUUCCUCAGACAGAAAAACCUGUGUAACCAGUGCCAUCUUUGUUCAUUUAAUAUGUUCACGGCUUUGUGUAAACAAGAAAAAAAAAUUUAGGUUUGAAAUUGUCUGCAUCAACCCCGCAAAUUUAUCAUUUUGAGUGGAUUUUACUGUUAAAAGGUUUGAAAAUAAACAUAGGUAAUGGGGACCAGACUGGUUAUUAAAGCCGGCGAACAUCAGUUUUGGGCUGCAGUUUAUGAAGUGAGGUCCAUGACAUUGCACAAUCCAUUGUUUUUUAUUCAUGAAUUGUGACUGACUGAAUAAAUGCGGUUUGAUAGAAAUGAUAUAGAAAGUUAUGCACCGUCAAGUCCCUAAAAAGCUAACAAAAACAUAUUGAAAAAAAAAAACUUUGACAGGCUUCAUAUACUCCACUUAAUUAACUAUGGUAUAAAGUAUAUAAAAUAUAUUUGCAACAGCUGUGGAUUCACAAGUAUGUCCAAAAGAACGAAGAAGUAGGACCAAUACAAAAAACAGUAACAACAUAUUACACGGAGGAGGAUUUUCUUGUUAGAUAUUUACCGUAAUCUGCGGCGGUCCCGCGGUCUCCUAAUUCUGGUCUCGCAGUUAUGACAGUAGUGACUUGCAAGCAAAUGUCAGAAGAUAACCAUGGGUAUGUCCGUAUGAGCAUGCAAGGCAGUUAAAUGGGAGGAGAGGUUACUUAAGGAUGUAUUACAGUAACACUAAUUUAGUCAUGUAUGUUCAUGUCCAAGACACCAAGCACCACCAAUUUAAACGGACCCUUUAGAGGGUACAGCAUUGAAUACAAGGAAAAAGGGAAACCUUCAUGGACAACAGUCAAUGUCAGUGACUUAUCAACCGAUAAGACUUUACAGAGCCUGAAGAAAUGGACAGUAUAUUUCAUUAGAAUCGCAGUCAGUAAUGGCCACUUUCUUGGUCCACCUAGUCCUGAAAAGCAAGUUCGGACGCGAGAAGAUGGUUUGUAUAAUCCUUAACUUAAGCGUGUUUUACUUCAGCUUUUUUUUUUGUUGUUCUACAAGUAUCUGCUUCUUUUCCCCCUUGAUCACUUCCUAAACACGAACAACUCUGUCUCUUCUGUUAUAUUUAGCUCCAAGCAAACCUCUGAUGCUGGUCAUCAACUUACAAGAGCCAAGUGAAACUACAAUGCCCAGAAUGACGGUCAACUGGCAACAACCUGCUGAACAAAAUGGUUUCAUCAGAAAAUACAGAUUACUUUUCACCUACACCAUUGAUGGAAGACAAACUACCAUUACAAGUGAAACAAAUAAUCAGACCUUUAGGUACAGUCUAGAUGUUUUCGGUGGGAUUCAGUACAGUGUUGAAAUUUGGGCAGAAACUGUUAAACCCGGGCCAAUGCUAACUGGAACUAAACAAGUACCAGAAUACAGUGAGUAUUUACUUUUCAGUUUCCUGCUCUCAGUGCUGUUGUAUCAGCGGCCCUUUGAACAGAUGAUUUGUGUAAACGGAAUUCGUAAGGUAACGGAAAUGAUAAGCACUGGGAAGCUACAUCUCUGAGCUGUAAGUCCCAGAAAUAAAAGAAAGAUGCUCCUCUUACUUAAAAUGCCCUAUAACUCCUACAAAGAGAGAGGAAAAAGGGGGAAGAUUCGCAAGUCCAUAUGUUGAAUUACUUCUGCCAAUGAGCAUCGUGGUCAGGGAAAUUUAUGGUGUGUAUUAAAUAAUUAUACGGUUAAAUUUUUCACCCUAUAAUUCAAUAAAUAGUGCCAUUUUACAAUUUUUAGGUUAUCACAAGUUUGUAUUCUCACCAGUUGCUUUUUUUAAAAUUCUUUUUGCAGAACCAAGCACGUCGCCUCAAAACAUAACCUCUAAAAAAAUAAACGAAACAACUUACAGAAUAAGUUGGAAUCCUCUUUCCAGAGACAAGAGCAAUGGUAGAGUGGUCGCUUAUGAAGUGAAUCAGACGAGGCUUUCUACUUCACGUAAUGCAAGAUCCGUAUGCACUCCGUCAGUCCUACAAAACGCAACAGAUACAUUUGUUGUUUUAACUGGUCUUUCAUCUUGUUCCGUUUAUAAAGUUGAAGUACGAGCCUACACUUCUGCUGGCCCAGGAGUCUUUGGUAGACUUACUCGUAACAUCGCGAAUUCAGGUACUUCGAUAUAGUCAGAUCUGCUUAAUACGAACACAAAAUCGGGACAGAGCCAAGCAUGCGCGUUAUAGAGAUUGUCCCUUUAUAGUCGGGGAGAUAGAGAUAGGUAAAGUUUUGCAUCUUUGAGAAGAACUGUCCAAAAAAGAGAGGCGUUGGGAUUAGGUAUCUCCAAGGGAAAUUGAAUGGCUUCUUCGACAGUUAGAACUACCAUUAAGCUAUCCAAGAAAACUUUCCGUUCCAAAGAAAGCACAUUACGCAGUUUUGAGUGAUUUUUCGAUAAUUUUCUUUGCCGGAAGGGCGAUGUAUUUGACUUGUUCUCAUACAUUAUAAGUGUGUCCAUCCCUUGCAAUCAUUGCAAAUGAUCAUUACCGAUUGUUGUAGUUCCUGGGGAACCAACUGACGUGAAGACGGAAAAUCCUGGUAAACGGAGCAUAACCUUGCGGUGGGGUAAACCGAAACUACACGGGGAUGAUAUAAGACGUUACAAGGUAACCUUCGACUUUUUUAUAAAGAAAAUUUAGGUUUUGUAUAUAAUGGAAGGCACUUAGCUUAUCCAGCUGGUUUACAGCACUUAACUCAAAUAAUUUGAAACAAUAAUCUUAAUAGAACAUAACAGGAUUAAAAACCACAACUUGCAGGAAGCAAUCGUUUGGCUCUUUAGGCGCGAGAGACGUCCCUCGUUCUCGCGUGUCCUCUCGCGUAUUAUUCGCGCGUGACUUCUCAAUAUAUCCCCUAAAAGAAGGGCAUACUCGUAUGCUAUUGCAUACGUUUAUGGGCUAAGGGUCGGCUAAGGGUGGAUUUCCACUGUCGCGUAAUUUUUACGUGCAUACAUCCGUAAAAUAUACGUUAGCAAAUAAAAGAGGGGCAAUGUAUGAGAGAUCGCGCGUAAAAGUAAAAUUAGAACCCCGCUAAACUUCACGUUUAAGCUUAAAACGCAUAAGAGAGAGUAAGCAUCGUGUUUACGGCAAACAGCGAACGUGAAUUUGUACCACGUGACUAAGUUUUCCAUUUACUUAUCGUUUACUGUUCAUACAUGUACGAAAAACAGUAGGUUCACGCCAAUUCGAUCCCUAACAAAUGUUUUAAGCUGUUUUUAUCAGCUCAUUUAUCAUUUUGAAAAUUUCUCAACUUGAAUCUCACGUUUGCCGUUUGCAGUAAAUGCGAUGCUUAAUCUCUGUAAUAUGUUGUUUCCAUUUUAUUUACGCGAGUAAAAUUUACGCGACAGUGGAAAUCCACCCAAAGGAUCAAUUAAUACACUCAUUGGAAUCGUUCCCUAAGGUGUUCAUUAGUCAAGAGCGUUUAAAUCUUUCCUGUUUGCUUGCAAUGUUUUUUGUGGAUUACCGUAUUUUUUAAUGUUCUAUCAAAUUAAAUCCGAUGGGGGGUUUAUUCGAGGGCAGCGUUUAUUUAAAAAUCACAGUUCUUAAAUCACUCACAACAAUUAUGAUAAUUCAUAGCGGAGCUCCACCCACGCGCGAAGCGCGCGCUUGGGCGGAGCCCCAUAGCUAAGGAAAUGUGGUAAUCUACCCAUCCCAGAAAAUUUCGUAAUCACGUGACCGUACACCGAGCGAGCGAGCGAGCGAUCGAGCGACCGUCCGUCCGCUCCACUGCAGGCAUACCAAUGUAAAAUAACUCAAUCAACAGGUAUGAGAACCCAAAUGCAACUCAAGGUUUUAUUUGGAAGGAAAUCACAUGGCCGCCCGGACUUUUACAAAGAAAAAAGUCGUGUCUUUUUCGGUGUUAUUUGUGUACACUAACGUGGACAACAGAGAAAGAGCUAGAGCGAGUUAUUGAAAAUUAGUUGGAAGAAAAACAUGGAAAUUUAAAGCGGCGGUGAGAAAAUGAGAAAUGCUAGCGGCCAGCAAGGUGAAAAUGAGCGGCAGUGAAAAAUAAAAGCAAACAUGAACACUGGAAACAAAAUAUUGGGUAAGCACAGACGACAAUUUCUCCAUAAAAAUAGUGUGUAACUAGGAAGUUUGACGUUUUAGUCGUACAAAACAGUGUUGUAGUCGUGCAAAACAACGGCAAGGGAAAGACAAAAAAGCGUGCUGCACGUGCAAAUUUGCUUUUUGCUAAUUAGAUCUAUUAGUCUUGAAGCCAUUUUCAUUGUCGUCCCCCCGUCCCCCGUUUACACGUAUUAUUAACCAGAGCUUCGCUUUUAGCUCUUGCUAAAUCUAUUUAUUAAAAACUGAAUCAUUGGAUAAUGCAAUUCUAGCAUUUUGAUUGGCUUAGCCGUUAUGGUAUAUGAGCUAAUAUACCAUGCUCUCCAUAAAUGGUCGGUGUACGCGUCAGUUUAAAAUUGGAAGCUAGCUAAGAUUUUUUUUUCGCGAAGGAUAGAACGGCGCCCGAAGCAAAUCGUUUUAAUUCAUUUUUUAGAAUACUAGAAAUGCAAUUUCAUCGAAUGAAAAAAGGCAAAAACAAACAAAAAAGCCACAAGAGCUUGUUUGAAAGUUUGUCGAAAAACACAUGAAAACACAUGGAACAAAAAGUACCUUGACGAGCUACGAAAGAAGACAAGUGUUGUUUCUUCAUGAUCGCGAAGCCAUUCGCCGAUCGAGUCACUCGCCGAUAGAUAACUGCGGCUUGUUUAUCCGACAUCAAGAACAUAAAUCACAAGUAACCAGCUACAAAUUAUACAGGCUAUGCAGCCAUUCACUAGAGCAAUCGAGGCGGCAGUAUAGCUUCUUUUCUCGUUCAGCAAAACCAGCUUGUGGCUUCAAACAACUUCAUAACAAGCGACCGAGGUAAUAGUUUUUCUCCGUUGUUCUUACUUUUAUAACUGCACCGAAAAUCCAAAUUCACAGUAAUUUCGACGGCUGUCACUUAAAAAUUCUUUUCCUUCACAUUAUCUGCCAGGUUUAUUUAGCUGUUCUGCUCUGUAAAAUCCUAGAAUCCAGAUGAGUUUUUAAAAAACUAAUGUUCAUCGCUACAAUUUUUUGAUUUUUCAUUCAUGCAGUCGAGUCCGUUCGCGCGUUGACAGUUCUGAUAGACGUGUGACAUGUGAAUAGCGGAAGUCGCUUGUCCUUUCCGGUUUGUUCUAGUAUUUUGUGGGCGUUUUUAAUAAAACAAUUAUUCCACUCGCGCUUGUUGGAUAUGAGAUGAUUAUAGCCAACUCGGCGCUACGCGCCUCGUUGGCUUUCCUACAUGUCAUAUCCAACGCGCCCUCGUGGAAUAAUUGUUAAAUGUUUUAGUGAAUACUAUGUAGAACGGAGAGAUGAAAGUUGUAACGCCUUGCCUUUUCUGCUGAGAUAGAAUCGUAAUUGUCUGGAAGGUGAAGAUUACCAAGUUGUGCCAAGUUGUGUGUGUAGUUUUUUUUCCUAUUUCCUAUAUUUAUAUAUUAUCCACGAAUAAAUACUUCAUUCUUCUGAUUGGGUGAGGCGAAGGCGGCUUUCAAGCAGGUGAAUAAGGCAACUGUGAGACCGACUACACACUACACCCCAGUCCUCUGACAUCAUAUACAAAGUACAUAUGUAUACUAAAGCUAUUUUCAUAGGGCACCGCACGUAUUUUCGACCAGUUAAAAAUUCUCGCGCGUAGGUGUUCCGUACACACAAAGCCAGUUUAACAGUACGUGGUUCAAAGUUCCGUGUGAACAGAGCGAAAAUAUUGAGCGGUUCCGUGUGAACAAAGUCACCGGUCAAAUUUUUCAACCGGUCGAAACUUCGUCCAUUGCCAUAUCAACGUAACCUUAUAGACAACCAUAUAAUUACAUAGCAGUCAUUUAUCUAUGCCGCAGAUAAUCUAUAAAGGUACAAAGGAUUAUUAUCCAGAAUUUAAACCGCAUACUGGAAUUCAAGAAACGGAGUCCCCGACGUUAACGAUGAACAUCACUGAUCUUUACCCUGGGACAAAGUAUACAUUUGUUGUGAGGGCUGAAAAUCACUGUGUUUAUGGAGGCAACAGUUCUAUCGCGCAGGGAAGCACAAAAGUCGAUGGCAAGUUAUUUACUAUUUGUUUGUGCGUCUGUUUUGUUCAAUAAUUAUAUCCUCUAGGAAUAUCGUCUAGGAAUCUUGCUUAUCAAUUAUUCAAACCAUGAUCCGAUUAAAAAGAAAACAACCGCUAAAUUUGGCCUGGGAGCAGGGACGGUUACAAAGUACAAGCAAUCAGCUAAAGAGACUAAAAUCAUUACCCGGUGAACGACAGCCAAAAAUUAUUCUCCGAAUCUUUCCAGAUGGAAUGGAGCGAAUAACUUGAGUUUGCACUCGAUCGAAUUUCCAGUUUCCCCGCCGUGUAAACGCUUCUACAGUUAUUUUUUGUUUACCUAACAGCUCCUGUGGCGCCUGUUUACCACGAAGUCCAAGUAAUCAUAACAAACGAAACGCCUGUGAAUGUCACGGUGUGGCCUGCAAAACAAACCAAUGGUCCCAUUAGGUACGAGCAGUCAUCAUAUUAACUCUUAUAUCACUCCCAAACCCCGGUUAUGAACAAGAUCAUUAUUUGCAAGAUUUGGUUUAUUGAAAGAUUGUCACUCUGCCUUAUAAAUUUUAGUAUGAAAACGUUAGUGACUCUAAAUCUCUCUGUUAUCACAACCACGUUCCCAGGAUUUCUCUCCUACCCGUCGGUCUAUCUCUCUCUUGCUAAGUACGGACGGGAAGGAGGGGACCCUGGGAAAGAGGUUUACUAUGUGCUAUUUAUUAAUACUAAGGAUUUUACGGAAAAAAAAACUAUCCCUUUGUGGUUUUUAUUGCAAUAAAUACUACACUUGACUGUGGUUAAUAGUUUAAAACCAAUGAUCUAACUGGGUACAAAGACAUGGCUGAGGAAACUGGAAAGGUUUCCUUUCCUUCGUCUUCGUGACGAAUUUAUUGCACUUCAAGACUUGCAAAACCAAUGUCUUACUGAAUCAUGUCAUCACGUUAUCACCGGAUCGUUAUGUGUGAUGGUGUUAGAAACAACAGAAGAGAAGUCAUGGAUAAAUAGUUUUGACGUUCCCUAACCCCCCCCCUCCCAAUGAAGAUGUUCAUAGCUGGGGGUUCAUUUUAACUUUGAUUGAUAAUUUUAUGAGCAGUUAGAAGCAAAAGCUUUCUAACAUGUGUCUUUCUAUUUUGCUUUAAUUUUUUCUGAUACUGACAGUGAUUCUCAAGUUUUGGUGCAUCAAGUGAAUGACUGGACUGACGAGGUCUCUGAAUGGAACACACUUGGAACAGAUGUGUAUAUUGCUGCUCAAAUUCCCGCUAAUUCUACGAAUUCAUCAAUUGUUUUUGUUGUGGGAGAUGGUAAAACCUAUGAUGGUUAUGAAAACAAGCAGCUGUCAAAUGGUCAAAAGUACAAGAUAUAUUCCAGAGGAUUGGCUCACCGCGUAACCAAGGUGACCGCCUAAUCAAAAGAGUGGCUGAUUUAAGGCACUUCAAAAGCAACAAAGAACGUGCAACUUGUUAUGCAACAUUGCUGUAAAACGAGUUGCAUGGCGAUGUUGUGCGUUUUACCACCAUAGUUCGAACGUGUCUUAGAACAAAAUAGGCUCCAAGGUUUUUUUAUUGGGUGGUAAAACGCGCAACAUCGCUAUUCAACUCGUUUUGCAGCAAUGUUGAAUGUUUUUUGUUGCCCGUUUUACUAAACUUUUAAGUAUGUGUGAUGAGAAGCUAUAUAUCAAGGGUCUUAACCUUCAUUACGCAAACUUCACUAAAGUGUACACCUUUCUUUUUGUAAAUCCCCGAAAAACAAUGCUUCUGUGCAAAAUUCAGUUGCCCAGGAGAAUUCGUUUGAGUCGUCGCAGUUGAUAUCGCUUUUCCAACAUCAACUGCUCUAUUAAGGAUUUAUUAAAUUUAAGCUCACAAAAAUCAGGUUAUUACGCGCGACAAGAGGAGUCCACAAUCCUGACCAGCAGGUUGUUAUUACGCAUGCGUGGCAAGUGUGCAGUCAGCCCUGCACAUAAUCUAUCCUCUUUUUCAGAAACGUUCUGUGAAUCAAAACCAUCUGCUUGGUAAAGCAAGUCUAAUUGCCAAAGUUCAAAUAGACAAAGGUGAGAUCGUUUUAAUUUGUGUUGAGAUAGCCUUUCUGUAAAAUGCUACUUUCAUUUAUCCGACUGAAUCACAGGGCGCAGGGGAGCUAUUUGUGAUUGCAAAUAGAGCGAAAAUUUUACUGGCGAACGAACGAGUCGCCUUUGUUUAUUGUAGAAUCUAAUAUUAUGAACUUGACCUUACAAACAGUCAUGCGAUCGUGUUUACUAACCUAGUAAAAUAUUAUCUAAUGCUCGGUAGGAACGAACGUCUCCCGAAGGGAGAAGAAUUCGGAAAGCGAAGCUUUCCGAGCGAGGUACGAAGCGCCGAGAAGAAAAAGAGACAAGCGUGUCUCUUUAUUAUAUGUUAGUCGCCGUUAUUCGUCCGCAGUCAUUACCUUCAGCGGUUUCAAUAUUAACUAAGGGUGAACCACUAUAUGAUGCUUACACCACGUACCUACCAGGCAUAAGAUAAUAUUUUACCAGGUUAGUAACACGAUCGCAUGACUAUUUGGAAGGUCAAGUUCAUCAUAGAUCCUACAGUAAACAAAGACGACUCGUUCGUUAGGCAGUAAAAUUUCGCUUUAUUUGCCAUCACAAAUAGCUCCUCUGCGCCCUGUGACUGAAUCAGAAACAUGAAAGUUUAAAACGUGUUUUAUUUUCCUUUAUCUCAUUUCAUUUCAUUUCUGUUACAUAAAAUUUAAAGCCACUAGUCUUCGAUAACUAUAGGUAACUGGACGACAAUACAGAAAAGUACCGUAAAAUUCCGAAACGUGAUAAGCCCCUCUAUGUAUAAGCCCCCCAAACUCGUAACGCAAAAAACCCUCCGUUAAAUCGCCCCUCCAAAUAUAAGCCCCCCUGGGGCUUGUACUUGGAAAUUGCCCUCAAAUACAAAGUAAAACAAAGCAAAAACGGUAAAUUUUCUUCCAACUAUAAGGCUAGCCCAAUCGAUUUUGAAACGCAAAUUUCCCUAAAUAUAUAAGCCCCUCCGAAUAUAAGCCCCUCCAAAAAUAAGCCCCUCAGAAAGGGCUUUUGAAAAACGUAAGCCCCGGGGCUUAUUUUCGGAAUUUUACGGUAAGUGCAUGAGUUCCGUAAGGGUGCGAUCACAAAAUGAUGUAAUGAAGAAGAUUGAAGAAACACUGAAACAUACGAACACCGUGCUAAGACAAUGGCUGACCAAAAAUAGUUCCUGCUACACCCAGUAACAGCACAAAGGCCCUGUUAAUUCAAUCACCUACCGGCAUGGACCACGGAAAUCCGUACGUAAUAAGGAGGUUUCCUAUGGUGUGACCGGCCAUAUAAGUGAAACCUCUUCAGCAGGUACUUUUAAAUGGAACUAUUGACUUUUCAUUAUUGGUGAGAGGACCAUACAUGUCGUUGACAGACAAAUAGAAUGAGGAACUAUAAUUGGCUUAUUGAAUUCAGACUAACCGAUAGAUAGAGAAAACUCUCCUAUGCACAGGCUGAAUGAUUCAGUGAGAGAUUGUUGAACCUGAAACUCACUAUCUGACCAAUGACUCACGUUCAGCUACAGACAGAAUAGAGCCCGCGAGAAAUUCUGAAUCCCGUUUGCGGGCAAGCGGCAAACGUGAAUUUGAAUUUGUGCCACUUCACCAAGUUUUCGCCUUACCUGUUUUCAACUGUUUUUUGCUUCUACAACAAAUAAGUAGUUUCACGUUAUUUUCAUCCAAAGAAUUGGUUUAGACUAUUUUUAUCUGCUCAUUUUCUACUUUGAGAAAUUCUCAACUUGCGUCUGCCGUUUUCCGUUUACCGUAAAGGUACCUCUUAAUCUUUGUAAUGCCUAAUAGAUCAACCGUGUGCGUGAUUCACCUACCAGAAAGAGUCAGAAUGACGGAUCAGCUAAACUUACCAUCUUCAGACUGACUGACUGACUGACCGACUGACUGACUGACCGACUGAUUGACUGUCCGACUGAUUGACUGACUGACUGACUGACUGGUUGGAAUGUUCUUUCACUAAUUUUCAUGUUCAAUCCUUUAGUUUACAAAUGCGAUGAUGCAGACCGACAGGGAGGGGACAUCGGCUCGCAAUCCGGCGACAAACCUUCAAACACAGGUUUGUUAGUUGAUUUUUUAUAGUUUCCCAAUAUUAAUUGUAAUCGAACUAAAAGACGGUUUGUUUUAAGAGCUGAAUUUUGGAAUAUCUAUGCGUUAUAAGCAACAACCAAGUUCCCAAAAUCCUCUCCCUCCGUCCCUCUGAGGGAAGAACAGAGAUGACGUAAGGAUGGGAACGAGGUUGUAUUUAGAAAUCGCCUAUUGAGCCACUGAUAGGAACUGUACGCUGAUGACACCCACCUUACGUACGCAGGUGAUAAUGCAGACAAUAUUCAGUUGCAUCUAAAUCAAGAUUUAGAAAAUGUUCACAAUUGGCUGAGAGCAAACAAACUUACUCUAAAUAUGACUAAAACCGAAUUUAUGCUUAUCGGAUCUAGGCAGAGGCUAAGUACUCUCACAGAGUCCCCGACAUUUGCAAUUAAUAAUUUUGAAGUUAGCCAGGUCACUACUGCAAAAUCACUAGGAGUGACCAUCGAUGACAGACUUGAUUGGAGUGGCCAUAUCGAGAAAGUAACAAAGAAAGUCGCUUCUGGUAUUGGGGCCAUAAAACGAAUAAGGCACCUUGUCCCUAAUAUAUCAAGCUUUAAUACAGCCACACUUUGAUUAUUGCAACAUUGUUUGGGGAAACUGUGGGAUAACCUUACGGAAUAAGGUUCAAAAGCUACAAAACAGAGCAGCCCGUGUUUUGACCUACUCAAUCUAUGACGUAGAUGCUGGUCACCUUUUCAAACUUCUAGGGUGGAAAAACCUAGCUUGCCAGCAACAAUUUCAAACAGCUACGAUGGUUUACAGUUCUCUGCACGGGUUGGCUCCAAACUAUCUUAGUUCUAAAUUUGAAAGGCGAGAAGUCGCAUAUAACCUAAGGGACUCUGAAAAUAAACUCAAUGUUCCAUUACCGCGCACAAACUAUUACAAAAACAGCUUCAGCUAUAGUGGUGCCAUUCUCUGGAACAGUCUUCCUUGUAACUUAAGGGAAGCAGAGUCCCUUGGGCAAUUUAAACGAUUACUCAAAGAACUGUAAGGCACGGCAUUCGUGGAAAGCAGCUUUUUUAUUCAAAUAUUUUUAUUAUAUUAGUAUUAGGCAUUUUUAAAGCUGACGAAUUUUUGUGCCGUGGAUAAAUAAAGAUUAUCUAUCUAUCUAUCUAUCUAUCUAUCUAUCUAUCUAUCUAUCUAUCUAUCUAUCUAUCUAUCUAUCUAUCUAUCUAUCUAUCUAUCUAUCUAUCUAUCUACUUUAUCAUUGCAGCAUCUGUAGUAUACUCCAUCGUCUUAGGGAUUGCAUUGGUCAUUUCUCUUGGAGUGCAUCUUUAUCAAUGGCGUGCUCGAGGAAUUUCCAAAUAUGGCAAAAAGAAUUUCGCCAAGGAAUUACAAGCGACAGCUUUCGAAAAUGAAGGUUUGUAGCGUUUGUGUAAAAUAAUGAGUGGCAUUUUCAGUUUAAACUGAGUUUACAGUUACGGUUUUGGGUACGGGUACUGGAUAAAAAAGUAAGAUUUAUAACCAGGCCACAAGUGAAAUAUCUAAAAUAGUAAAAUGAGAAUAAUUAUGAUAUAAAUUUACUCACCGUAAAUCUCGUUAUAGCCAUGUUCAUGCAAAUGCUAGGGACUUUCACAUCUACAGAGAAGACGCUGUUUAGGAAAACAUCUUCAUCAAAAAGGAAGAAGAUGAAGGAAAAAAAAGAAUUACACUUACCCCUAAGUAACUUGUGCGGGAAAAAUAUUCACAGGGAGAAAAAUAAAUACUUAAACAAAUAAAUAAAAAAAAGAUAAUAAUAAACCUCUUCUGUUAUGUUUGAUGUCUGUGGGCUUGUUUUGUAAUGACGACAGAACUCCACCUUUCCACCCCAAAGAAAAGAAAAAUAAAACAAAACAAAACAGUCUUACAUUAAUUUGUUAAGAUAUCCAUUCUUCCUAUUUCUCCUCAAUUUUGAUAAAAUUCCAACCAUUUUCAAUCUUAGGCUAUGUAGAAGCCCCGUCUCCUCAAGUGGAAUCGUUUCAUAUGGAGCUGCCGCCCACUCAAAUCCAGCAAACGACAAAGGAUUCAGAAUAUGAAUCUCUAAGAUAGAACCCAGAUAGAGAUCAUGAUGAUGCCUAAAACGAGACAAGAUUAUAAUAUGCUAAUAUGCGAAGAACGGGGUCGAGGUUUCAUGAAAAUAAGGCAACAGAUUGACCUUUUAAAAAGUAUCAGAGGUAAAAUAUUGGUAAUUUUAAAACAAAAGAGUUGAAAGGUCAGAUUUUCAGUUAAGUUAGUUUGAAGAGCGAAACAGGAUCGAUCUUAGAACUGAAUACAUCAACUUUUACUUUAGACAAACGACUUGCUCAAAUGAAACAUUUUAUUACAUGCAUAUAGAACGUCUAGUUACCGUUGCUUUUGCUUUUUUAGUUUUGUUGUUGGAAUUUUAUCGCGGAUUACAAUCACACAAAGUUGUGAGCAUAACGAACAACAGUUGUAAUUAAAUAAGCUCAGAUUUAUCAGUGUUAUCGUUUGUUUCUAACUGAGACUUUCGGAGGCUUUGUUUGUUUCCUGCCGUCAGUGUGGAUAAACUUCCACAGUUGUUUCGCACUUGCAGUGUUCCUUAAGAUACUCGCUAGUUUCUCCUCUGACAACUGACACAACUUCUUGAAUGUUUGUCACGUUUUUCAUAAUAAAUCUGAAAAGAAGGCAGAAGUUAACGACCGCUCAGUUCUCUCUAGCGAGACAACGAUGAUGUCUAUAGCUACCAGAAUGGAAG